CCCCAUUCAAACCUCUAGGUCGGAGGAUUGUCUCGGAACGUGUCAUUGGUCGGGAUGGCCCCUAUGUUAAUAAGGGGGUAGCCCCAGCCAGUAGAAGGUGCCAACGUCCUACUUCCUGCCCAAACUCCCUACAUCCAGGGGCAGAUCUAGAUGGCACCAACUUUUUACCAUCAUUGGCCUGAGCCCGUGACUGAAAAAUCAGGGUCAAUGGUGCCCAACAGUCAGCGGCGGGGGUGGAAGUGGCUGAGCAUUGUCCUGACCUUGCUGGUGCUGGCUCUGUUGGUGGCCCUGAUCAUCUUUGCUGUCCAAGCCAACAGCAAAGCCUGCAAGGAGGGCCUUUUAGCAGAGCAGGAGUGUCGCAAUGUCACCCGCCUCUUGGAACUCCAGCGAGCCCAAACCCGGCAACACUUACUGGGGGCGAUGGAGGAGGCUGCCACCUGCAACCAGACCGUGGUGAACCUUUCUGCUUCCCUGGAAAUGGAGAAGGCCCAGAGUCUGGAGCAGCUCACCAGAAGAGAGGAGCUUCAGAGAGAAGUUGAGAAAUUGAAGGAGAAGCUGCAGGGCGCUUUCGAGGAGGUGGAACGACUAAGAAAAGAGAAGGAGGCCUGGAGCAAGGAAGGGGAAACCAGCUUCAGCAGCUCCUCGAAAUCACUCGGCCCCUUGAUGGUCCCCAUGUGCCUGUUCCUGGGCCUCACUGUUCUGCUGGCCUGAGGCCUGCUGGUCAUGGUGCCCCCUCAUUCUCAGAAAAUAGACCACCUCGGGAUGCCUGUGUGGCUCAGUCGGUGAGGCGAAGCAUCAGCCUUCAGCUCAGGUCGUGAUCGUGGGGUCCUGGAAUCGAGCCCCCCCCACCAGGCUCUUGCUCAGCAGGAAGCCUGCUUCUCCCUCUCCCUCUCCCUGCUGCUCCCCCUUCUUGUGCUUUCUCCCCCUGAUAAGUAAGUAAAUAAAACCUUUAAAAAAGAAUAAAAAAACAGACCACCACCACGAAGCAUGUUCUUUUCUAACGACAAAGCACAUACUUUUUUAGUGGGAACCCACAUCCCGGUUGAGCCCCAGAAAGAGCCCCACCCCGCAGUAACUUGUGACUUCCUGCUUUAUGGGGCCAAGCAAACAUCGACAUCCCCCUCCCCACUCACCCUCCCCCACAGGCUCAGCUGCAACCCUCUCACACCCUUAAAAGCCUUUAAAAGGCCCAGCCUUACAGAAUCUCACCAGACAGACAUCUCUCUUGAUGUCUGGCCCCUCUCCUCCCUUGGAGAGUGAGUAAUUUGGGGUUCUAAUCUCUGCGUAAUUCUUUGCCGCCCAGCCCACCGGCCACCUUAACAUCGUUUUAAAGCUUUCUUCGAACUUGGUCAUCCUGGGCUUCCCACUAUUUGCCCUAUAUUCCUCUCCCCAAAGACCCCUCCCCCUCUCCCUCUCCCGGGUUCUCCCCACUCAGACUUCAGCUCUGCUGACCGGCCUUUGCCUUUCCACCCACCUUUCCACCCACCCGCAGGUGAUCCUCCCUUGGUUCCUCCCCAACUCCCUCUCCUUCCCCUCAAGACCCUUUGUCACCCCAUCCCCUUCAGCGCUUGCCUCCAGGUCUGGAUCCUUCUGCCCACACGUGUUCCGGCCGCCCUUCCCAACCUCCCCGCCCCCCAAUUCCCUCUUGGCAAAGUGGCUGGAGCAGAGGGCAUGGUUCAGGUCUACCUUCCCUUCUGCUCACCAGAUCUUUCCCUUACAAGAUGUAAGCUUAGCUCUUUUUCAACGCAUCCUGCCAGGUUCACUAAGGAAUCUGAGUAAUUCACCCUCUCCUCUGGAUGUAUCGUGGAGGGACCUAUAUGGUUAGGAAUAGAAUAGGGAGACCACCCAGAGAUCAGAUAAAAAUCCUGCUCUUGUCCUCUUGUCCUCACUGAGGCUCUUCAAAAACUCACCAACCUUGAUCCUAACUCUCAUGCAGGAAAACUGAACCUAGCUAUGCAUUUCAUCUCCCAGUUGGACCCACAUAUUAGAAAAGCAAAACUAGAUAAAGCCCACAAACCCCUCAAUCCAACGUACUAGACCCAGCCUUCAAGGUUUUUAACAGCAGAGAGGAGGAAAUCAAAGAGGAAAUGAGAAAGGGACAUAAAAAAAAAAAAAAAACGAUCUCAGGUUUAUCAACUCCUGCCUACUGCCCUUACCGGAGCUAUUCUAGAAAAGUCUCACUCUGCUGGCUUGACCCAAACAUUCAACAAGUCCCCUCCAGGAGCUUGUUACACUUGCAGUAAGCCUGGCCACUGGUCCAAACCAUGUCCCAAUU